CAUCCCCCACGCUCUAGGUACUUAAAUUACCCCACGAUUUCUUCCCCACGUCCUAUUCCAGAAAUCGUACCCCCACGCGGGGGAAUCACGAAGAAUACUCAAUCCAGGUCAAAGCGUUCUUUUGUCAGAAUAUAUUCAUGGGGUCGAUCUAGCGAGCUGUGCCUCCGACUUUGCGGGGGAUCUGCUAUCCGAAAUCUGGAGUCGUUAGUGGACUCCGCGACUGUACUGUAUAUCAGUCCCUAAGCAUAUCUAUCGGGCCUUCUCGAUCGUCAGUCCGGGUGAACACUUCAGGACAAGAAAAUUCAUACAGCACUGAACCAUGUCCCGUGUUGAGAGGGCAGGGAUGGACGACUCAUUUGAGAAUGCUGGAAAGGCGCCUUCAGUUCAGCAUGAUGAAACAGUCAGUGGUCAGGAGCGGGUAGUGCUCACGGAAGAAGAUAACAAGCGCAUCCUACGAAAGACCGAUUGGGUGAUCCUACCGAUCUUGAUCUGGAUCUAUUUCCUUCAGAUCCUUGACAAGUCCCUUCUUGGAUAUGCCUCUGUAUACGGUCUUCAAAAAGAUACCGGUCUCAUCGGAAGCCAAUAUUCCAUGGUGGGAUCGAUCUCUUCAAUCGCGCAGCUGGCAUGGCUCCCAUUCUCUUCUUGGCUCGUCGUCACGGUGCCCCAUCGUAUUCUCAUGCCGGUUUUGGCGUUGGGAUGGGGCAUCGCGCAGGCUUGCAUGGCUGCUUGCAAGAGUUAUUCCGGUCUACUGGCAUGUCGCUUCUUCCUUGGCCUCUUUGAAGCUGGAUGUCUACCCUUGUUCAGUAUCAUCACCACGCACUGGUACCGGAGGGCAGAGCAGCCGAUUCGCGUUGCUGCGUGGUACGGCACCAAUGGUCUGGCAACCAUUAUCGGAUCAGCUCUGUCGUACGGACUGGGUCAGAUCCAUUCCGAUGCAAUCCACUCCUGGCAAAUCAUCUUCCUAUUCGGAGGCCUCUUGACGAUUAUAUCCACUCCAUUCGUCUGGUGGAGGUUAGACAACGAUGUCCUCUCAGCUCGUUUCCUGACCGAAAAGGAACGUGCACAAGCAGUGGAACGACUCCGAGCAAACCAAACCGGCAUCGGAUCUGCCGUAUUCAAAUGGUCCCAAGUCUUCGAGAUCUUCCUCGAGCCCAAAUCCUACCUCUGGUUCUCAAUGGCCCUCCUCCUCAACGUCGGAGCAAGCGUCACCAACACCUUUGGUCCAUUGAUCCUCAACGGCCUCGGCUUCAGCAAAUCCAUCACAUCCCUCCUCAACAUGCCAUUCGGCGCCGUCCAAUUGUUCGUCAUCCUCUUCGGAUCCUACGCCACGCACAAAUUCCGCCUCAAAUCCAUCGUCCUCGUUGCUCUGAUGCUCCCCGUCGUCGCGGGUCUCGCGAUGCUAUACGUCCUCCCGCGCAACAACAGCGAGCAAGGCGCCUUACUAGCAGCAUACUACCUCAUCGCCUUCCUCUUCGGAUGCAACCCCCUAAUCGUCUCCUGGAUCAUGGGCAACACCGCAGGCGCGACGAAGAAAUCCAUCAUCAUGUCAAUCUACAACGCGGGCUCAUCAGCCGGAAACAUCAUCGGGCCUCUCCUAUUCAACGCCACCGACGCGCCAGCCUACCUACCUGGUCUCCGAGCCGAUCUCGGCAUCACAAUCGCUUUCGUAGCGGUGGUCCUCAUCCAACUCGUCAACCUCAUGUUUCUGAAUCGGUUACAAGCCAGGAAGCGUGUCGCGAAUGGUAAAUCGGCUGUGAUACAUGAUCAUUCGAUGGAUAGGAAGUUCACUUCGAUGAAUAAUCCAGGUGAUGAGGAUGGAGAGACAAAAACAGGCGCAGAAUCCAGUGACGACUCGCUGCUCGAUCGGACGGAUCGGCAGAAUGAUGAAUUUGUGUAUAUUUAUUGAGAAACCUUUGGCUUUCUGGCUAGUUCUCAGGUGUUACACUAUUUUCUGGGUGAUUUGUUCUUUUUUCUCUCUUUCGAUAUGAGGAACACGUAUGCAUUAUAUGGAAGUAUGAAUGGGUGUUUGGCUUAUUAAUGGAGUCGGUAGAAAAUGUCUCGUUGUAUC